AUGAAGACAGUGUUUACGGAUCACUCGUUGUUUGGGUUUGCUGAUUUCGGGUCGAUUUGGGGCAAUAAAGUUUUGAAGUUUGCCAUUGGUGACGUGGGCCAUGUGAUUUGUGUCAGUCACACGUGUAAGGAGAAUACGGUGUUGCGGGGGAGCGUUGAGCCGUGGAGAGUGUCGGUGAUACCCAACGCAGUCAUUUCCAAGGACUUCCAACCUGAACCUUCAAUUAAAAAGAAGAGAAAAGACGACGUGAUUACAAUUGUCGUUAUUACCAGACUAUUCCCAAAUAAGGGAGCAGACUUGUUGACGGCCAUCAUUCCAAGAAUCUGCCUUUCUAAUCCAAAAGUGAAGUUCAUAAUUGCUGGAGACGGGCCCAAAUUUUUGGAUUUGGAGCAAAUGAGGGAGAAAUACUUUUUACAAGAGCGGGUCGAGCUAAUCGGAGCCGUUAAACACGAAGAAGUUAGGAAUGUGAUGACACAGGGUGAAAUAUAUCUACAUCCGUCACUAACUGAGGCUUUUGGUACUGUUAUCGUUGAAGCUGCGUCUUGUGGACUUUAUGUGGUGACGACCAAAGUAGGAGGGAUACCAGAGGUGCUACCCUCCAACAUGACAAGCUUUGCUGAGCCAGAGGAAGAUUCACUCGUUGAAACGACUUUGGCAGCAAUUGAUAAGAUACAAUCGGGUGAAGUCGAUACCUCGAAUUUCCACGAGAGUGUAUCCAAGAUGUAUAGCUGGAGCGAUAUAGCUCAAAGAACAGAAGCUGUUUAUGACAGUUUGGAUUUGGAUGAAUUGAAUCCACCUUUGAUAGAGAGACUACUGAAGUUUUACAAUUGUGGAUUGAUUGCCGGUAAGUUAUUCGUCUUGAAUUUGAUUGUCGACAUAUUUAUAUACACCAUCCUUGAGUGGUUGUAUCCUAGGGAUCAUAUUGAUCUAGCGACCAAAUGGCCAAAGCAGAGGAAACCUCGACCUAGCAGGAGCCAUUAA